AUGCUAGGGCCUUUGAAAAACGUUCCUCUCGUCCAAGAUUUGAAUUGGCGACUGGUAGUUGUUGGUCUCACGUCUUCUCUUGGAGCUGUCGGAUUCGGCUUCGACAACGGAUGGUGGGGUGGUGCCUUGGGUCUAUCCGAGUUCAAACAGAAGUAUGGAGCGUAUAACCCGGCCCUUGGAGAAUGGGCGAUCCCUUCACAAAAAGCGUCUGUUGGCACUGGAACAGGAUCAGCAGGAAUCAUCCUGGGUUGUUUAAUGGCCCCGAUCAUCACCUCCAAAUUCGGUCGCAAGGCUGGAUUUUUGGUUUUGUCGCUGCUUAUGAUCCUCGGUGUGAUAUUAGAGGCCAGCGCAGUGACUUCUUUCUGGCAACUCGUCGUCGGAAGAAUCAUCGUGUAUUCCGGGAUCGGCUUGGCUUCGAAUGUUGUUCCGACUUAUCUGUCUGAAUGUUCACCCCCAAGGGUUCGAGGUGCCUUUCUCGCUCUCUAUUCAUUCUUCACCUCGUUUGGAGUUUUCAUUGCAACAGUGGUUGUCUAUGCUUCUCGCACCCGCAGCGACCAAUGGCAGUACCUUAUCGUCAUAUGCUGUCAGCUUUUCGUGCCAAUCGGAUAUCUGAUCACGUUGCCGUUUCUCCCCGAGUCGCCCCGGUACCUCAUCUAUCGCGGCAAAUACGCAGAGGCAGAACAAGUUAUGAAGACAUUGCACAAUAAUCAGGACAGCAUCCCCCAAGAGAUCGAGCUGCUCAAGUUCCAGAUUGAAGAGCAAAGAGAUCUUCACAAGGCGACCUCGGUGCUUGACUGUUUCAAAGGGACCAACUUACCUCGAACCAUUGCGUGUAUGGGUGUUCAAAUAUUGCAGCAAGCCCAGGGUGUAUCUUUCAUCCAAAACUUUAUUGUUACCUUCAUGCAACAGCUCGGAUUUCCAGAUCCCCUCAAGACAAAUGUCCUGGUGACAGGUUGCUCCUUCGCUUGCCAUGUAUUCACGUUUGUCACCUUCGACCAACUGGGUCGUCGGUGGUCAUUGCUUCUUGGCUCGCUUGGACUAGCAGCUACCAUGCUGGGCACAGGUGGCGCUAUCGAGUCCAGCGCAAAAGUGGCAAGCUUAUCCAUCGAGGCUAAGAACGCAUGUGUGGCCCUGCUGAUUCUGUGGUACUGUAUUUAUGGCUUCACCUGGGGCCCCGGAUGCUGGAUUGUGACAGGUGAGGUGGGAACUGGUCAACUUCGGGAGCGGACUGUUUUCCUCGCAUCGAUGGGAAGCUUUUUGACAUCGAUUCCUAUCAACUUUGUCAAUCCGUAUUUGCAGGCUUUGAUAGGCGGUCGUGUGACGUUCAUUUAUGGUGCGUUUUCGGUUGCAUCGCUGGUGUUUGUGUGGCUUGUUGUGCCGGAGACUAAGGGGCGGUCGUUGGAAGACAUUGAUGAGAUGUACCAAGCUCGUCUUUCGCCUUGGAAGUUUGAGCAGUAUGUUUGCACGGGUAUUAGCGCACAAAUUGCGAAUUUGAGCAAUGAGGGAGGAAAACUUAGUACUGGGGUGGAGAAGGAUGAUGAUCCCACUAAGGAGGAAGUGGAAUGA